GCCAUCUGGUCCUGGUUCCUACCGUGCUCUCUCGGUGUGAAGCUCAUCGUGGCUAUGCUUGGACACAGUCUGCUCAUUCUUGCUGCCUUGGGCACUCUAUUCAUCGCAAGCUUGAGCACCGUCGCAGCAGACAGCGCGUGGAACGGACUAACAACUCCGGGCUCUACAACACCUGCUGCAUUUACUCCUUACUAUGUGCCGCCGGGGACGAAGAGCUAUGACUCGUCCUCUCCUCUGCUGCACUAUUCUGGUCGCUGGAGGGACUCAUAUUCGAAUUCGUUCAUCCAGAAAACCUUGCGCUCGACCACAGACUCUGGUGCUUCUAUGACUUUCUCAUUCACAGGCACUGGUAUCGAGUGGUUCGGCAACACAGAUCCUCGACAUGGAAUUGCACAAGUAUUCUUAGAUGGAAACAUGGUUCAGGAGAUUGACGCCUGGAGCGCGACUCCGCGGAAACAGCAGCGUAUGUAUUGGAACUUUGAAUUGCCGCAAGGCAGGCACACCAUCAAAAUUGUUAACACCGGAAAGAAGAGAGAGGCUGCGAGAGGCUCUUUGAUCGAUGUGGAUGCUCUCGUGGUGACUAUGAGUUUGCCUCCCGUUGGCGAUGACUCGCAGUCUCAUGACCUGGAUGUCUCUGCCCAACCCGUGUCUGGCUAUCCACCACUGUUUGACUUUGCUGCACCGUCCAUCCCUGCUGCUCAGUGGUCUUUGGUUCAGAAAGGCAACACUGGUGUCUCUGCUAUGCAGCUGGCUGUCAUCUCAGAAUCUCAUGCGCUCGUCAUCGACAAGGUGGAGCACAACCCACUGACGAUCAACGGACAUCCGGCCUGGGCGGCGCUUUAUAACCUCAAAACGCAUGCUCUUACACCUCUGGCUGUAGAAUCGAACUCGUUCUGUGCUGGCGGCGCUUUCUUGAGUAACGGCACCCUCAUCAACGUCGGCGGGAACCCUGUGGUCGAGGAUCAUACGUCUGCGGCCGACUUUGGCGACCUGGAUGGUCUGCAGGCUGUCCGAAUCUUCGAGCCGUGCGAUUCGGAGGAUGUAAGCGCCUGCAGACUAUAUGAGAAUCACUCGCGCAUCCGGAUGGCAAGCCCGCGAUGGUAUACGACUGUUCUGCGUAUUUCAGACGGGAGUGCUAUGAUCAUUGGCGGCUCCAUGAAGGGCGGCUGGAUCAACAACGGCACUGUCAACAAUCCUACUAUUGAAUACUGGCCUCCUAAGGAUAUCCACGGUUCCAACGGGCUCGCCAUACCACUUCCAUUCCUAGUGGAUACUUUGAACGCAAACCUCUUCCCCAUCGCCUUCUCGCUGCCAGAUGGCAAGGUCUUCAUUGCAGCCAAUCGCGAUGCCAUGAUCUAUGAUUGGCAAAGCAAUACAGAACGCCGACUGCCGUCGAUACCCAAUGGUGUGCGGGUGACUUACCCCAUGGCGGGCACGGCGCUCCUGCUGUCCCUCUCUCCGGAUGAUAACUACGCCCCGGAGGUGCUCAUCUGUGGCGGCUCUACGAUCGAUGACUCCAAGGCAGGAUAUGACAUCAGCUCGCAGGACCCUGCUUCUGCUCAGUGCUCGCGGAUCUUGCUCACCGAAGAGGGGAUUGCAGCUGGGUGGCAGACCGAACUCAUGCCCGAGGCGCGCACGAUGCCUGACGCGGUCCUUCUGCCUACGGGUCGUGUUAUCAUCGUCAAUGGUGCAGGUACGGGAAUAUCAGGAUACGGAAACGUGGCCGGCCAAAUUGGCGCCUCGAAUGCCGACAACCCAGUUUUGACUCCGGUUCUGUAUGACCCUUUCGCUCCGUUGGGAGAGCGCUUCUCGUCGAGCGGCAUGCCGACAACUGAUAUUCCACGGAUGUAUCAUUCGGUCGCGACGCUGACGCCGAGUGGGAAUGUCAUGAUUUCAGGGAGCAAUCCUAAUCUCGACCGUAGUGAGGAGGAAUACGGUACCGAGUACCGUGUUGAAUGGCUUAAUCCUCCGUAUAUGACCGGCAGCAGGCCUGCUUUCGCUAGCAAGGUGGCAAGGACGAUCAACUUUGGACAGACUGUUGAAUUUGAUGUAAGCCUGCCCGGAUUGUCGUUGGCUGAUGCGGACAUCAAGGUUGCGCUCAUGGAUCUCGGCUUCGUAACUCAUGCCGUUCAUGCAAACAGUCGCUUGGUCUACCUUGCCAGUUCACUAUCUGAUGAUGGGCAGACGAUAACGGUGACCGGACCACCGAAUGGGAAUGUGUACCCUCCGGGACCUGGGUUCCUGUACGUCGUCAUCAACGACGUCCCGAGCGUGGGCCUGAAGGUGAUGAUCGGAGACGGAAAUGGUCCUGUUGUCGAUGAAGGAGCACUUCAAAACCUUCUUGUGAACACGGAAAUUGACCAAUACGAGAAAGCAAGGAAGAAGGGUACAAAGGCAAAGAUACACUCACACUAGCGCGCGUGCCUUGGCCGGACCAGCAAAAUAUUCUCGCACAAUGUCCCUUUGAUGGCUUCAUGGCCACCUGAUACAUGUUAUCGUAUCGCAGCAUGUUUGUAUAUGCCAUUCCGAUC